AAAAACAGAACUCAUUCGCAGAUCGUCACCAUUGCCGCUAUGUACUGAUUAUAUAGUCGGCUCAAUAGUUUGGUAAUCAGCAUAUCAAUGAACUGGAGAAAAUAGAAGGAUGGCUGCGUAAUUGCUAACAUAUUCGUUCCGUACAGUGCGAAACUAUUGCUGUUCACGAGCAGCUAUUCGUAAAUAUUUCGUCAUUACUGGAUAGAACAAAAUAUUGUUCGAUACAUCGUUCUAAAUAGAAAGACGCGCUUCCGUGCGCUCCAGAGAUGGUCACCAUGCAACCACUGCAGUAUUGUCCGACCAAUGUGUCGAUGUCGGUAAUCUGGUCGAACCAUGGCAUCUCGCAGUGCUUCCUGGACACUGUUUCGACAGCUACGAUCGGUGGCUUCCUGCUGCUGUUCGGGACUAUUCAACUGAUUAUGUACCGCCGCUAUGGCACCGAAAUCAACGUAUCCCAAAUCGGUCGCUCGAAAAUGUACAACUUCCAGCUGUUUCUGCUUGUGCUGUUACCAAUCCUGGCGGUGAUUCGCUUUAUUUUGGAAGGAUUCGUGUUCGAGGGAGCUCAGGUCUAUGGAUUUAUGAUCGUAUCUAUCUGUGUGACGCUGUUCAUGUACCCCUACUCGAUUCUGCUACUGGUGAAGGAACGAUACUACAUGUUGCCUUCCGUUCCACCCCGCGGACAUGGUUUGGUACUGUUGAUCUACUGGACGCUGCUUUUGAUUGCCCAGAAUGCUGUCUUCGUCAAUUUGAACUAUGAAAAAGCAUGGUUCCAUUUGACAACGGUGAAGGAUAAAGUGGAGUUCACCCUGUUUGUUUUACGCUACACGGCCACUCUGUUUAUUUUUGUUAUCGGCUUGAGAGCACCAGCCAUCACCUCGACUCAGCUAGGAGACGAAUAUCAAAAUCUUCCCCAUGAUCAGGAAAAUCAGUCCACCUUCCGCAAUGGGUGGCAAAAGAUGCAAACGCUGUUGCCUUUCGUGUGGCCCAAGAAGGAUGCCUUUUUGCAGAUCCGUGUGAUUAUCUGUUUUGGUUUGCUCAUCGCUGGACGCGUUAUAAAUGUUUACGUUCAGGUUUAUAAUAAAAAGAUAGUGGACAGCCUAUCCGAGCAAUCGUUGGUCUUCCGCUGGGAUUGGAUACUGCUGUACGUAGGGUUUAAGUUUCUGCAAGGUGGAGGAACCGGUUCAAUGGGAUUGUUGAAUAACUUGCGAAGUUUUCUCUGGAUUCGAAUCCAGCAGUACACGACGAGAGAGAUUGAAGUGGAACUCUUCCGACACCUGCAUAGUUUGUCCUUGCGGUGGCACUUGAACAGAAAAACCGGUGAAGUGUUGCGUGUCAUGGAUCGUGGCACAGAUAGCAUCAACAAUCUGUUGAACUACAUACUGUUCUCCAUUGCGCCGACCAUCGUGGAUAUUUUGGUGGCGAUUGUGUUCUUUAUAGUCGCGUUCAACUGGUGGUUUGGAUUUAUCGUUUUUGUCACGAUGACGCUUUAUAUCGUGGCCACCAUAAUGGUAACCGAAUGGCGCACCAAAUUUCAGCGCCGCAUGAACCUUGCUGACAACCAACAGAAGGCCCGGAGUGUUGAUUCGUUGCUAAACUUUGAAACUGUUAAAUACUACGGUGCCGAGCAGUACGAAGUCGAUAGCUAUCGGGAAGCUAUACUCAAAUUUCAGGACGAGGAAUGGCGCUCCUCAAUCACGCUAAACAUUCUUAACACCUUGCAAAACAUAAUCGUUUGCGGUGGUUUACUGGCUGGAUCUUUGCUAUGCGCGUACCUUAUUGUAUACCAAGAGGGUUUCAAAUCUGGUGACUAUGUUCUCUUCGCCGGUUACAUUAUUCAAUUAUACGUACCCUUGAAUUGGUUUGGCACUUUCUACAGAGCAAUUCAGAAAAAUUUUGUCGACAUGGAGAACAUGUUCGAUCUCAUGCGGGAAGAUCAGGAGGUAAUCGACGCUCCGGGUGCUGGUGAACUGGCCGUUAUUCGAGGGGGCUCUAUCGACUUCUCCGAUGUAACUUUCGGUUAUACGCCCGAAAGGUUUGUUUUGCGCAACGUUAGCUUCUCCGUUCCCGCAGGUAAAACCGUCGCAAUUGUUGGUCCUUCUGGUGCAGGUAAGAGUACAAUCAUGCGAUUGUUGUUCCGAUUCUACGAUGUUGAAAGUGGAUCGAUCUCGAUCGACGGCCAAAAUAUUAAGACGGUUCGGCAAGCUUCACUGAGAAAGGCUAUUGGUGUAGUUCCUCAAGAUACGGUAUUAUUCAAUAAUACGAUUAAGUUCAAUAUUCAGUAUGGCCGGGUUGAUGCACCAGAGGCGGAUGUGAUUCUCGCAGCCAAGAGUGCGGAUAUCCACGAGAAGAUUCUCAGUUUUCCCGAUCAAUAUGAAACUCCAGUGGGUGAACGUGGAUUGCGGUUGAGCGGAGGCGAAAAACAACGAGUAGCGAUUGCUCGGACCAUCUUGAAGUCGCCAUUCAUCGUACUGCUUGAUGAGGCUACCAGUGCGCUGGAUACCCAAACGGAGCGGAAUAUACAAUCUGCCCUUGCUAGAGUGUGCGCAAAUCGCACUACCUUGAUAAUUGCGCACCGACUGUCCACAAUUAUACACUCGGAUGAAAUUCUGGUACUUAAGGAUGGUAUUAUUGUUGAACGCGGCCGCCACGAGACACUCCUCGAGAAGUCUGGCGUCUACGCUGAUAUGUGGAAUCAGCAGCUGAAGAACUUGAAUUCAGCUAACGGCGGCGAAUCGGACUCGAAUCCAGCCAAAGACAUCGGUAUUUUGGGAAUCGGAGCGAACAAUGGGGAACCACCCGCCCAUCGUCAUCAUUGAAAUCCUCAACAAAUGCUAUUAAUUUAGUAUCUUAGUAAUUUGAUUUUGAUAGACGCAUCUGUGAGAAACAUUUUAGAUCGUAUGGUUAUGUUAUUCCUAUAUGGUGGAAUCCUGAUGUCAAGUGCCGAUUCAAAUAUUAAAGAUUUUUGUAUUGUACAUAGAAAAGAAGACUAGAAUCAGGAGGAAUGAUCGAAAAUGUAUUGAGUAACUUAUUGUGCACUACUUGAUUAUUUCACUUUAAAUGUAUACGUCGAAAAAAAUGAACAAAAGGAUUGUUUGUGAGCUUUUUCUGGUGUGAUUAUCACUGCCUAUUGUAAUAUAUUUCAAUUAGUUAUUAAAAUUCUACUGGUUUAUAAU